AUGGCCGCGUUAGCCGUAAGCACCCUCAUCAGGAAGACACCCCCGCAGAAGCGCUUGCUGGGCCAGGGCAAUCCGCCGGAACCAGCUGAGGGGCUGGCUGCGUCGGAUGCUCCCUGGGAUGCUAUCCCGCGGCCCGACAGAGCGCAACAGCGUGGAAGGGCCAAGGGCAUUCUGGCCAGUUUGAUUGCUGGAACUUGCUAUGGGCUAAAUUUCCUGCCAUCGACAUGGAUUCAGCAACAUGUAGCUGGAGCCUCGCAGCAGGGAUUAGACUACGUCUUCAAUCAGUUUUGUGGGAUUUUGGCUGCGUCGAUGCUGUACUUUUUGGUCUAUUGCCUGUACAAAGGGAACAAGCCCCAGGUCAACCCUGAGAUCAUGUUGCCUGGAUUCAUUUCAGGAGUGAUGUGGGCCAUUGCGCAGUCGUGUUGGUUCGUUGCUAACGUAGAAUUGGGAUACUCCGCAGCCUUCCCAAUUAUACUGAUUGGACCUGGCCUAAUCGGGUCUUUGUGGUCUGUCUUCCUCUUCAAGGACAUUGAAGGCCAUAGGAACUACUUGCUUUUGGUGGGCUACUUUGUGCUGGCUGCCAUCUCAUGCGGGUGCAUUGUGGCCUCUAGAAAGACGACUUGUAGCUAG